GAAGCGCGCACUUUCAAGCAGCCAGCGCACGUCAUGGCAGCCCGACAUGUGCUCGGGGCCGCCUGGACGUGGGCCGGCAGGGGACCCCGGGGGCUCCAGGGCCCCGCCGCGCCUGGUAGGGUCUUAGUUCGUGGCUACGCCAAGAAGCCGGUGGUCAAGAGCGUCAAAGGCGGAAAAGGAGGUGCAGUUGCUGUGGAGCUGAAGGAUCCAGAAGUGUGCACCGACCCCGUCAAGCUCACCACACACGCCAUGGGCGUCAACAUCUAUAAGGAAGGUCAGGACGUGGUCCUGAAACCUGACUCUGAGUACCCUGAGUGGCUAUUCCAGAUGAACGUGGGUCCGCCAAAGAAGCUGGAGGAGAUGGAACCUGACUCCCGAGAGUAUUGGCGGCUGCUGCGCAAGCAGAACAUCUGGCGCCACAACCGCCUGAGCAAGAACAAGAAGUUAUAGCAAGAGGAGAAACCCACCCAUGGCCAGCAGCUGCCAAGACCUAGGGCCGCUGACCUCUGGCCCUGCUCUGCCUGCCAUGUCUGAUGAUGUUGGAUGGGAGGGAGCAGGGCUCUCAGACUCAGACCUCCGUGCCCCACUGGUCCCAGCCAGUCCUGGAGAUGCGGCGGGAUUCAGGGUCCCAAGUGCUGCAACAAGAUCUGUAGUCCUGUC